AUGGUGGGCGGGAACCAUUGCCAGGCGCAAAUGGAACAAGCAGCGCCUCAGGGCCGGCGCUCUGCCGUCCUCGCCCUGCUGAGCGGCGGCCUUGCAGCGCAGGCUUUCCUCCUCCCGGCAGAGCGAGCGCCCGGCGCACGCGAGUGGCGCUCGGCACGCUCGGCGCCUUCGGCGCCGGGCCGCGGCGAGCCAAAGCCGCGGGCAGCAGCGUUGGCAGGCCUGGCGUUGGUGUUGGGUGCUUCGUCCACCCGGCGACGGUCGAAGCUGCGGGCACUGCCCUUCGGCAUUUCCGUGGUCGGCACGGGCUCGGCAGCACCGGAGACGGUGGUCUCCAACGAUGAUCUUUCCGAGAUCAUGGAAACGAACGAUGAGUGGAUCUCGCAACGCACCGGCAUCCGACGGCGACAUGUGCUUCGCCCUGAGGAGAGCCUAGCGUCGUUGUCAGCAAAGGCUGCAACGAAAGCACUAGAAGAUGCCAAGAUAUCUCCGGAAGACGUGGGGAUGGUGAUUCAUGCCACCUCCACCCCGGACGAUAUCUUUGGCACUGGCCCACAGGUGGCGUCCCUGAUCGGUGCAGAAUCAGCAGUUGCUUUUGACCUCACGGCGGCUUGUUCAGGCUUUGUUUUCGCCCUGGUGACGGCCUCGCAGUACGUCCGUUCGGGAGCCUUCAAAUCUGUGGUGAUCGUCGGAGCAGACUGUCUGUCUCGCUGGGUGGAUUGGUCCGACCGCGGCACCAGCGUCCUCUUUGGUGAUGGCGCUGGAGCUGUCGUGAUCACUGCCACGGAUGCCAAGGACGAUGCCUUGAUCGGCUUCGAGCUUGGCAGCGAUGGCAAAGGAGCUUGCCAUCUGGGGGUUUUGGCUGACAACGAGGCGAUCUCUCUCGGUGGUGGCAAGGAAGCCGGAUCAGCAAGCUACAAGAAGCUGGGCAUGAACGGCAAAGAAGUUUUCCGCUUUGCCACCAGCCGAGUUCCAGAGACGCUGCGGAAGCUGCUGGAGCGGCAUGAUGUCUCCGCGGAGGAGGUGGACUGGCUGCUACUCCAUCAGGCGAGCAAAGAGAGCGGGGCUUUCCUCAAAUCCGGCAUCCACUUGGGUCAACCCAACGGAUAUCCCCCAUAG